GUCGCUAUUGUACCAGACUAUGUACGAUGACAGGGCCGCUAACUUGUGCCGAACUUUACUUCGCACCGUGUGCACCGGACAGUCUCAGCUAAGAGCUCUCUACACUCUGCGGAGGUUAGAAGAGGCUGUGGAGUUGGAGAGGUUGAUAGUGCGCACCUUCAAACUGCUCAAUCUGCUGCUGCAAGCCGCACUCAGUGCCUCAG